AUGCCAGGAUCAUCUAGAGACCUAUCGAAGUCGCUAGACCAGAUAUUUUCUGAAUGGUCUGAUGAUAAUAGCUCGCCAGAGCAACCAGCAUACACUGAGUUGUUUCUGGUGAUUUCCCAAUAUUUAGACAAGCACAAUACGUUAGCUUCGUUACGACAACAAUCAGUCAAUGAUGAGUUAUUCAGAGUUUACGAUAAGUAUAUUAUGCCCUUGCAGAGUCUACCCCGUGAGUGUAUGUUUCUUGAUGUAUUAACCGCCUUACUGCCAGUGUUAUCCAGUAAAGAAAUAAGUUUGUGGGUCAAAAGUUACUUGAAGCCUGCUGUGGACAGUGCAGGAUAUGAUUCGAUGUUCGUUGAGAAGGCAAGACAAUUCAUCAAGAAGGUUUGCCAUGGUGAAGAAACUGACGAUUCGGAUUUAGAAAGUGUCAGAGAUGACAUCGGAAAAGUUGUAAUUGAUCAAAUACUAUCAAUAAAUCUCUCGGAUGACAUACUUGAAGAAGCACUCGAAUUAAAAGUUUCCGACGCAGAUAAGGACAGUCAAUCAUACCAAGAACGGUUACGAUUUAUAAAAUCAAACUGUAAUCAUAUCCUUCAAAACUAUGGGGUUUCCAAGACUAAACGAUAUUGCGAGUUACUCAAUGAUCAUAUAACCAUACCGUCACAAAGAUUGGAAACCUUGUUAUUGUUAUCAUCACUUGUAAAUUCAAAAACAUUAGCUGUUCCUGAUAUAAUAAACAUGCCAGUGUUUCCCAAUGUGUUAAAAUGUGCCAUGUUUGAUUUUAGCGAAACCGUAAUUCAUACUGCACUCACUAUACUAACAAUGUUAAUUCCACAAGUAUCCACCUCAAUGUCAUAUUAUUUACCUGAUUUAUUCAUGAUUUAUAUCAGAAUAACCACUUGGGAGGAAUUCAACAGUAUACCAAACAGAUUUCAAUUAUUAAGUGAAUACUUGAAUGAAUUGAAAAUAGAUUGGGAUAUUCUUGUGGACAAUGAAGAGACGUCACUUACAUUCAACUAUCCCCAUUUUUACGUGUUGUUGUAUGGGUUGUUCCCGUUUAAUUUUUGCAAAUUAAGCCAAGCACCAUAUACGUACUUGAAAUUAAAUAAACCAAGCAUAUUAACUUUGAAAUAUUUGAAUAAACUAGAAGAUAUCAUUGAAUUGCCUACAUCUUUAGAUUUGCAUAUACGCAAAAUGACCAAAUCUAUUUUGCAAACCUUCUUGAUGCAUCCAAAAUUCCUUAAUUUUGAUACAAGUACAUUAGAACAAGAGCUAGAACAUCCAACAUCAUGGAUAGAAGGAGAGAUAACCCAUGAGGAGAUCGCAUUGGCAUGUUUUAGUUUAAACCCCGAUGUCAUGAUUAAUCUUGAUUCCUCCAGUAUUUAUGGGCGCAUGUUACAACGAAGUCUAACAUCCAGUCAAAUAUUAUGUGACUUAGAUUCAAGAAUUUCCCGAGGUUCUUCAAUAGAUGGUUUGAAAGAGAGUAAAUACCUUCAAAUGAAAGCGUUUCAUAAUCUCAAUCGAAAAAUGUCAAUUAUUCCUACAAAUUUGGUUAUAAAUAACAAGCAACCCACUCAUGAUGUGGAGAAGGAGGAUGGCGUUCAAUUCAAAGAAGUCAAGUAUGAAACUGAAAACACUGAAGAUUCAAUCGAUUCACUAGAUGGAAGCUCAAGAUCUCCUGGGGAUCCCUUGCAGGAACUUUUCCACACUCAUGAGAAAUUAUAUGCUCCAAUUAAUAAGAAUCACAACUUGGAAAAUGAUGGGCUCCGUCGCAAAUCAUCAUCUUUGAUCAAUGUGAGACAUGAGCUAAGACUUUCAAGACCUACUUCUUCACCAACCACUACAUUGGAAACUUCAAGUGUAUUCAAAGAAUCUGCAUCUACUAAUGGGUCCAAUAAUGAUACUUUGACUAGCCUUCCUCAUACCAAGUCCGAUGGUAAUAUGAUCGAUUUCUAUCAACGAGAGUUAUUAUUAUUUAAAAAUGAGUUGGAAUUUUCAAGUUAUAUGAAGCAUUUAAACAAGUAUAAUUAUAUGAAAUUAAAAUUAAACAAGAGCGGCGAUUCCAAGACGAUUGAGAUGGAAAACAAUGAAAAAAAAAUAGAUGACUUGAAAGAAUCGUUUGAGGAAUUGAAUGGUAUAUUGACUAGCACGAAACAACUGUUGAGUCAAGCUAUUACUGAACACGAAAAGGAGCGUGAUCAAUUGAUUACCCGAUUGAAUGAGGUGCAAACCGACAAAGAAGAGCUUGUGCGGAAGUAUGAAACAACUAUGCGUGAACAUAAACUAGAGUCACAAACUCUUAAAGAACUCGUUGAUGAUAUCAUUCCCCAGAAAGAUUUUGAGAUUGUUAGUUUACAAAUGAAAAUCAAGAAUUUAGAACAGAUGCUGAGGGAAUUAGAAGAUAAACUUGGUAGAGUAGGCACUAAUAAUAAUUUGCAAGAGCUUGAAAAGAAGAUUGGUAACCAGAAUGAAAUAAUCAACAAGCUCAAAUCUGAAAUGUCAUUAGUCACUGAAAAACACAAUCAAGUAGUGAAUGAACUUUCCAGAUCAAGCGAAGCUUAUGAUUCAAUAAUCAGGAAAUACGAACACAAAUUAGCAUCUUCCAAACUUAACCUUAAUGAAAACCUCAACUCAUUCACAUCACAGUACGAAAGGAAAAUCCAAGAAUUAACAACAACAAUAUUAAAAUAUGAACAUUUACUCGAGGAAAAGAACGGCAAAAUCCUUCAACUUUCCUCUUCCAAACCAAUUUCAAUUCCAAGCUAUGGAAGAAAAUCAUCAUAUAAUGAUUUUGAACAACAUACAGACAGAUCACAUUCUUCCCUGGAAUCAUCAUCACCUCCACACACACUGGCACCUAUUGCCAUCCACCAUCCCCAUCCACCGGCGCCAAUUCAUUAUCAAACCCAACCACAAGCUAUUAGAAACAAUUCAACUAUAUCGAAUGCUUCUUCUUCUUCACAACAAGUUCCAAUUAUGAGAGGAAGAGGGGGUUACCAAAAGAGAUCUAAAAAACUUAUGUAGAGACAGUGUAUUUUAUGUAAUCUUAAUGUAUUAUUUAUAAU